AUGAGGUUCGGUAAAACGCUGCGAAACGCCGUCUAUCCCCCCUGGAAGGGCAAGUAUAUCGACUAUGCCAAGCUGAAGUCGCUUUUGCGCGAGCAUGAUGUCACCCCCGAGGACGCCAGCGAUUCGGAUGAGGGUCAAUGGACCGAGCAGGACGAAGAGGCCUUUGUGCAAGAACUGUUGAACGUGCAGCUCGACAAGGUGACGGGGUUCCAGUCAGAGACCUCGCAGCAGCUCCGCGAGCGUACAACGGCGUGCGAGGCCAAGCUUCGCCCUCUGGCCCCACCUGCGGACCAGGAUGAGUCCACCCUGAGCAAGGAAGAGAAGCGCAAGGUGGCUGCGGAGGUUCUGCAGGAGCUCGACAACAUCACAAAGGAGGUCAGCGAAUUGGAAAAGUACAGCCGCAUCAACUUCACAGGUUUCCUCAAGGCUGCCAAGAAGCACGAUCGCAAGCGUGGUGCUCGCUACCGCGUCCGGCCUCUGUUGCAGGUCCGUCUGUCUCAGACGCCGUUCAACUCGGAGGACUACUCUCCUCUGGUUCACCGUCUGUCGGUGAUGUACUCAUUCGUACACGAGACCUUGAGCCAGGAUGAUGUGCAACAGAAGGAGGCGGAACGUGGCUUCGGACGUGAUGCUUAUUCGUCAUACAAAUUCUGGGUGCACGUUGAUAACGUGCUGGAGGUCAAGACAUUCAUCCUGCGUCGUCUCCCAACCCUUAUUUAUAACCCCGGGAGUGCGAAGACCCUGGAUGGUCUGUCUGACGACCCAGCAAUCACCUCUCUUUAUUUCGACAACGCUCAGUUCGAUCUUUACAAUCAGAAGGUUGCUCGCGCUCCUGAAGCAGGCUCGUUGAGACUACGCUGGACUGGUCAACUCAAGGACAAGCCGCCAAUUUACCUGGAGAAGAAGGUCGUGACCGAAGCCGAUGAUAGUCGGGAGAUCAGAGUGCAGCUGAAGGAGAAACAUAUCAAAGAGUUCUUAAAUGACGAGUAUCAUUUAGACAAGCAGGUUCACCGGAUGGAGGAUCUGAACGAGGGGAGGGGCUCGAAUGAGGCCCAGACCCUCAAGAAUCAUGUGGAGGAGUUGCAGUCAUUCAUCAAGGAGCACAACUUGCAGCCAAUGCUGCGAGCCAACUACACGCGCACAGCAUUCCAAAUUCCCGGCGAUGAUCGCAUCCGCAUUUCCCUCGACACCAAUCUGGCCCUGAUCCGCGAAGACGCUCUUGACAGCGAGCGGCCCUGCCGUGAACCUUCUGAGUGGCACCGUACAGAUCUAGACGAUGCUCGCAUGUCAUAUCCCUUCGAUGCCAUCCGCACCGGAGAGAUUGUCCGCUUCCCCCACGCUUUGCUGGAGAUCAAGCUCCGCGGAAAGGCUCACGAUGUCGAGUGGGUGAAUGAGCUGAUGGCCUCGCACUUGGUCAAGGACGCCCCUCGCUUCUCCAAGUUUGUCCACGGUGUUGCCCAACUCUUUGAGGACCACGUCAACAGCUUCCCCUUCUGGCUGGGCGAGCUUGAGAACGACAUUCGCCGUGAUCCGGAGACCGCGUUCCAAGAGGAGCAAGAACGCUUGGCCAAACGCGCGGAAGAUGAUAUCGCCGUGGGUAGCUUCAUGGGCGGGGCCGGCAGCCCUGCAGGUCCCCUUUCCGCGCCGGCCUUUGGCCGCUGGGGAGAAUCCGGCAGCCGCUCCGCGCUGCGUCGACCUUCGGCUCUCAGCAUGGGCAACAGGUCAUCUGAACGCCGCAUAUCCACGGCUGCACCUCUGCCACAUCGGGAGCCUGCGACGAUUCCCGCAACCACCGAGGAAGAACUUGAGCAGCCCGACGAAUCUGCCAUGUCGGGAGCGGCGUCAUCAAGCUUUGCUGCCGUCAUGAAAACCCUGGGAGUCAAAUCUAAGAACUGGACUGGUCGGGAAGUAGUCACUCUGCCACCGGGAGUCCGCCACCCUGGCUUUUGGAUCAAGGAUCAAGGCCCCGUUCGCGUAGAGAGCAAGGUAUGGCUUGCCAAUCAGCGUACCUUUAUCAAGUGGCUGCACGUGAGCAUUUUGCUGUCCACUUUGUCCUUGGGUCUGUACAAUGCUGCCGGUAAGCACAACCGUGUGGCUAUCGUCCUGGCAUAUGUCUACACCUUCUUCGCCAUCUUCUCUGCCGCCUGGGGCUGGUAUAUGUACGAAAAGCGAGCUCGCCUCAUCCGCCAGCGCAGUGGAAAGGAUCUCGACAACCUAUUCGGUCCUCUCGUGGUUUGCGUUGGUCUCGCUGUUGCUCUCGUCCUCAACUUUGUCUUUAAGGUUUGUGCCUCGUCUUAUUCUGACAUUGAUCCAUCUUGGACAUGGAUGUUGACUCUCUUAUCUUCACAGUACAACUCCGCCUUGAACCACGGUCGCGACAACAGCUCGCAUGACCAAUUGAAUGCUACCAUCAUGAGUAGCGUGAAUGCUGCCGCGUGGAACCAUGGGGGUGCCCAUGGUCUCAACCCGCAGCAAGUGCUUUAG